AUGGACAAGUCAGAGCUCCUCGCCCUGGCGCACGAGUACGCCAAGGGCCAAAACGACAUUUACGAACUCUUGGGAAUCGACACAAUCACAGCGGCGGACCCGAAGCAAGUCCAGCGCGCCUACCGAAAGCAGUCCAUCAAGUACCACCCCGACAAGCUCGGCGACCGCUUCGACCCGGAGAAAUGGCAGCUGCUGGAGCGUGUGCGCGAUGUCCUCAUGGACACGGCCGCCAAGGCCGCCUACGACAGCGCGCGCAGCGCCAAGCUCAUCCAGGAGGAGAAGAAGCGGUCCAUGACUGCCAAGCGGCAGGCAGACAUCGCCGACCUGGAGGCACGCGAGCGCGGCGAGGACCCCAAGCGGAUGCGCACCCCGCAGAAGGAGGGCCUGAGCCAGGCCGAGUACCAGAGCAUGCUGCAGAAGGGCAACAGGAUCAUGGAGGAGCGGAAGAGAUUGAUGCGCGAGGCCGAGGAGCGAGAACGCCUGGCACAGGCGCAAAAACAACCACCACCCCCCACGGCGGCAGCGGCAGCAGCAGCAACGACAACAGGGACGAAGGUGGGAUCAGAAGCAGGCACAAAGGCAGACACGGGGCAGAUCCCACCGAAAAGUACAGCGGACGACGACCCCGAAAUCGCAGCACUGGAGCGGAAACUUGAGGAGUUACGGCAGAAGAAGGCCGCCAAGAAAGCACAGAAGGCAGCGCGCAAGGGCGGCAGGACCUCACCGAGCCAUGGACCACAAUCCAUCUCAAACCCCAGUAUCUCGGGACCACAGGCUGACGAUCAGAAGGUGUUUUCGUUUGCCGCUCCCGCCCCUUCCGCAACCCCUACAAGCAACGGCGCGGCCCCAGCCCCGGCCGGGAAGACUGACUGGGCAUCGACCAUGGCAAGAUUACGAGCCGCCCAAGUUGAAAAGGAGCGAAGGAAGGCCGAAGAGUCAGCAGCCGGUCAGUAG